AUGUCGGGCAAACCCAAGAUCCUCCUGCUAGGCCAGAUCGACCAUGCCACCGAACAAUGGCAGUCUCUAAGCUCGCUGGGCGAGCUGAUCACACCGCAAUCGACUAACCGGGCAGACUUCAUCAAGGAAUGUGAAUCAGGCAAGCUGGACGGCGUGGUAGCCGCCUACCGCACCUUCCCGUCCGUCAGCAUCACCGGCUUGUUCGACGAAGAACUGUGCAAAGUGCUCCCCAAGUCGUGGCGGUAUGUUGCGUCGUGCGGCGCCGGCUACGACCAGAUCGACGCCGAAGCCUGUGCCAAGCGCGAUCCGCCGCUUCUGGUGUCCAAUGUGCCUACGGCGCCGGAUGACGCGACAGCAGACACGGCCGUCUUCUUGCUGCUCGGCGCCCUGCGCAACUUCAACACCAGCAUGGCCGCUCUGCGCCGUGGACAAUGGCGCGGCAAUCCGCCUCCGGCGCUCGGCCACGACCCGCAAGGCAAGGUCUUAGGCGUCCUAGGGAUGGGCGGGAUCGGACGGAACAUGAAGAAGAAGUGCGAUGCGUUCGGGAUGACCACCAUCUACCACAACCGCCGACAACUCGACCCCGAACUGGCCGGUGGCGCUGAAUACGUGUCUUUCGACGAACUACUGAAACGCAGCGACGUGCUCAGCCUGAAUCUGCCGCUGAAUCCGAAGACGCGCCAUAUCAUCUCCACGGACCAGUUCAAGCUUAUGAAACCCACCGCCAUUAUCGUGAACACGGCCCGUGGAGCCGUCAUUGAUGAAGCCGCGCUCGUCGAUGCGCUGGAUAAAGGUCUGAUUGCUGGUGCAGGUCUUGAUGUCUUCGAGGAGGAGCCCAAGAUCCAUCCUGGCCUGGUGGCCAACGACAAGGUCAUUCUCCUACCGCAUAUGGGUACCUGGACCAAAGAGACACAGACAAAAAUAGAAGAAUGGACAAUCAACAACAUCCGCUCCGCCUUGGAGAAAGGCGAGCUGAUGUCCCCUAUUCCCGAACACAAGGAGCUCAAAUGA